AUGAAGUCUCCAAUAUGUCAGGCGCUUCGCCUCACGUCCCUCUUCUCCGCAUUUGGUUGGACAAUUGUGUCCUCAUCGUCCUCGAAGAAGACAUUCCUGUCAGAGACGCUAGUCCGCGACGGCCCGGUCCAGGAAGUGUUGGAACAUGAGCCUGUGAAGGAAAAGACUUGUCGUUCUAUGCUUACAGGUCCAAUCGAGACGACAUUAUGCGACUUCGAAACUAUGGAAAGCGUGAAUGAGCAACUGUUCUCAAAUCUUUCCGAACUGGUACACAUGCCUUUCUUCCGAUAUUUCCAAGUCGACCUAUAUCGCGAAUGUCCUUUUUGGCCAGACCAGGGCUUCUGUAAUAACCCUAGCUGCGCGAUAACCUCGGUUGACGAAAGUGAUGUUCCAGAGAAAUGGAGGGCAAAGGCAUUGAGCGAGGUUGAUCCUUCGUCAAUAGACAAACGCCAUUCACUACCGGGGUGCUAUUACCGCGACUCCGACUUUUGUUUCUUGGAUGAUAAUACAGAGGGAGACUACUUUGAUCUGCGGCUCGUUCCAGAGCGUUAUACGGGUUAUUCGGGGAAAGAUGCACAACGCGUAUGGCGCUCUAUCUACGAGGAGAACUGUUUUGGCCUCAGUGAACUCAACCUCAUGUCCUCUAAAUCCCCUGGUCUGGUCUCGCUACUAGACACGAUGGCUGAGGCUUUCCACCAAGACAACCAAGAUAGUGAUCCACAGUGCUUAGAAAAGAGGGUGUAUUACAAAGUUAUUUCUGGUUUGCAUGCAUCUAUAUCCACACAUAUUUGCCACGAAUAUCUCAAUCAGACGACUGGAGAAUGGCAUCCGAAUCUCAAAUGCUUCAUACAACGCGUAGCCUCACAUCCUGAGCGGUUACAAUACAUAUAUUUCAACACAAUUCUACUUCUUCGAGCAGUCGCGCGUCUUGGACCUUACCUUGAAGCCUUUGACUAUUGCUCUACUGGAACACAUGAAGACGAUACCCAAACCCUCAUGACAUUGUCAAAAGUCAUCGGCAUCGCAUCAAUGGUCGGUAAAUUCGACGAAUCGGUUUUAUUCCGCGGUGAAAACGCCAAUAUCGUCAAAGAGGAGUUCAAGACACAUUUCCGAAAUGUGACGCGUAUCAUGGAUUGCAUUGGCUGCGACAAGUGCAGGCUCUGGGGAAAAGUGCAAACCACAGGAAUAGCCACUGCUCUCAAAAUCUUGUUCGAGUUGGAUGAGAAGGCGCUGGAUCCUCAGUCCAACACCAAUCUCCUGCAACGCUCUGAAGUCGUCGCCUUGAUGAACACACUCUUCAGAUUCAGCGAGAGUUUGCAGGCUGUUGACACUUUCCGCAAGAUGUGGCGUGAACUGGAUGAGGCAGAGACACGACAGAUUGUCUCCGAAACGGAAAAGAUGACUGCCCCCCAAGCCAAGCACUCUCCUGUAGUUGUUCCAACGAAUUUCUUCGACGCCGCCUGCGCCCAGUCAGUAACGCUCCUACGACACUGCAAGGCAAGCAUACAAGAAAACGUCACACUGGCGAUGAAUGCCCUUGGUCAGGCAUUCAAUGCUGUGCUAUCUGCUUUCCGUCCAUCGGGCAAGGAAAGAGGGCCAGGAGGUGCAUUUGGUGAUCUUUAA